AUGGGCAAGAAACGCAAAUCCGCACGAGCGGAAGCGGAUGCCCCUUCCGGGCCGAACAUGGACGUCGGCGACUCCAAACGGCGGAUCAAAGACUUCGAAGACGUCGCAGAUUCCGAUGAUGAAUUCCACAUCAACCGCGACAAAGUCCUGCUAGACGAGGGUCCGGAAGCGAAGAGGAGACGUCGAGAUCAGGAGCGAGAGGCAUUUUUAGAUCCGAGUGAUGAGGAGGUGUUGGGGCACUCGGACGAGGAAGAGGAGGAUGAGGAGGAUGAAAGUGAGGACGAGCGUGGCGAUGCUCGACCGGGCGCGAGGCCUGCUUCGGAUUCUGAAGAGGGCGACGAGGAGGGGAGUGUUGAUGACGAUGAUGAUGAGGAAGGCAUAGGCUGGGGCAUGGCCAAGGACGAAAUCUACGGCGCCGAUGCCAUCGAGACGGAAGAGCAGGCGCUGGAGGAAGAGAAGGAGGCGCUGCGGUUGCAGAAGAAGCAGUUGCAGGGGAUGAGCGCGGCGGAUUAUGGGUUCGAUGAGGCGGAGUGGCAGGAUGGCGAAGCUGAGAAGAUGGAUGAGCGGACGCGGAAGGUUGUCACGGAGACGCUGCCGCAGCUUCAAGUCAGCGAGGAUUUGGGACCGGUGGAGAGGCUGAAGUUGUUGAGGAGUCGGUAUCCGGAGUUUGAGCCGUUGAGUAGGGAGUUGCUUGCUAUGAAGGAGGUACAGGAGGGAUUGGUGAAGGAUGUUGGAGUGCGAGGUGGUGAAAGGCCGAAUGCGCAGACGAAGCUGAGGGCGGCGUCGGCGUAUGUGGGUGCGCUGACGAUGUACUUUGCUUUGCUGUCUUCGCCUGCAUCGGGUGGUGGAGCGGGUACUGUUGCGAUGCCUGCGGUGCAGCUACGAAAUCAUCCUGUGAUGGAUACGCUGGUGAAAUGUCGGGAGCUGUGGGCGAGAGCGAGUAAACUGCCUAAGGACCCUGAACCUUUACAGCCCGCUGCAACGAAUGGUGUUGCUGGAGACGCAAGGACCGGGAAAGCGGAUCAGCUCGCCAAAGCGUCACAAGACGUACAACAACCAAAGAAGAGCCGCGCCCAACGACACGCCGAAGCCGCACAAGCAGCCUCCGAAGCACGCAAAGCCGAACGUCUACAACGAACAGAAGCCGACCUAGCCGACCUCGACGCUCUAAUUCACCAGAAGCGCAGCAAACGAAAACGAGCAGAAAGCGGCCUCGACUCCGACGCAGGCGAAGAAGCCCCUCUCACCGCCCACGACGCCGCCGAAAAGGCCAGGCGCAAGAAGAGUCUCCGCUUCUAUACCUCACAGAUCGCGCAGCGAGAGAACAAACGCGGCACCGCCGGCCGCAACGCCGGUGGCGACGAGGACAUCCCGUACCGCGAACGCCUCAAGGACCGCCAAGCUCGUCUCAACGCCGAAGCAGAACGUCGUGGUCGUAAGAACGCAGAGGCCGGAGCAGAUCUCGGCGGUGCGAGUGACGAGGAAGACACGCGCCAAGCUCGCGCAAUUCGUGAGGAGGGGGACGACUACUACGACGCCAUUGCCGCGCGCACCGCGAAGAAAAAGAGCGAUAAAGCCGCUUUCGCGGAAGCACAACGACAGGCCGCACUCCAAGGCGGACGCGUUGUGCCAGAGGAAGUCGUCGGCGCGGACGGCAAGCGCAAAGUCACGUACGCGAUUGAGAAGAACAAAGGGCUGACGCCGCACCGGAAGAAGGAGAGCAGGAACCCACGGGUGAAGAAGCGGAAGAAGUUUGAUGAGAAGAAGAAGAAGUUGGGGAGUAUUAAGCCGGUGUACAAGGGUGGGGAGGGGAGGGGCGGGUACGGAGGCGAGUUGACGGGGAUCAAGAGGGGGUUGGUUAAGAGUACGAAGUUGUAG